GCUCCCAAAGCUCUGAUGCCGUCUGAUCACCGCAGACAAAGUUUAUCGCUUGCGAGCAAAAGGCGACGUUCGUCACUGAAGUUAGAACGAAGAGGAACUAUCCGAAGAGAUUCCAGGGGACCUCUCGUGGACACACCGACUGACGGAAUGUUUGGACGGAGGAGGGAAGACAGUAUCGUCACGGAGACAGACAACGCGCAUCCUGAGCGCGACAGCCUCGCAGAACAGAAAGGAGACACGCUUGCUUCUACUGGUACUGAAUCGCAAACUGAACUGCCAUCUGAUAGCGUGAAAGACCAGCGUAACACCGCAGUCACGACAGAACAGGGACCACCAGCAGUGCGUCGAAACACCCUUUUCCCAGAUCAAGACUCUACCAAUUCUGCUCAGACGCCAGAAAAAGCUGAUGAUAAAAGUAGCCCAAAAGAACUGCAGCAGAACAAAGAAAUUGGGGAUGAUCGCAACUCAAAAGAACCGCAGCCCAUCAAAAAUGUCGUGGCUCAGGCGCAGGCGCAAGGAAAAACUGAUGAUAACUCGCUCCAGCCCCACACGGAUGAGGGCUGCUCGCACGUGCUGAACGAGGUGAAAAAUAUCGUUCAGGGGUCUGGGGCGAUCCCUUCAGAGGACCAAAUCAAGGAACAGGUCACAGUAAUGGCACAACGCGCGAUCGACACGAUUCAAUCCACAGCUCAAGUAUUGCGUCAUCGGCUGGAAGACGAGCUAACUUUGUACGAGAAAUUCUACAGGCUUUGGCAGGAGUACAGAGAUGAGAAACGACCAACCACUGUUCUGGACAGAAACGAUGACGUGCCAGUCAUUGGAGUAAAAAUUCUAACGACGCUAAAUGAAAGGGAAAAUGAUGCCAUCAAAACUGAGGAAUCUACUCUGUUCCCGCCACUCAUUCCACAAGGAUCCAGCUUUCAGACGUUUGGACGCGGGAGAUCUAUAGCGAUGGCGGGGCUGUCCCGUGGGGGAAUGAUGAUGAUUCAGGGGGCUGGGCCCAAGACUGCGGAGCCUGUUCCAACCUCAACCUCACAGAGUAAGAUGAAGAAGCGCGGUAAAGUCAAGAAUUGGUCACGAAAACAGCUGUUGAUGAGACAGAAAGCAGUCUUGGACAAAGUGUUACACGUUGACGCUAGGAUUGAAGAUUUACGGAAUAUCUUUCCUGAAGCGGAUGAAAUACAAACCCAUUACACCAGACAAAGUCAAGGUAUUCCACCAGCAAUCUCCCAAGACUUUUACUUCCCACUGACAGCACACUCAGUCGCACUACCAUCCCUACCCACUGGAUUACAAAUAAAAGGAAGAGUUGAUCGGCAUUCAGUGCGACAGGAGAAAGAGAAGAAAGAAGCCCCUGUGGAAGUCUCUAGGGAGGCUGAACACAGUGAAUCGACACAGUUACCGAGUAUGAACAGCACAAGCACACUCUGGCAAAGACGACAGUCCAUAGCGAGGUUCCCAUCACAAAGAACUGUACGGAAAUCUUCUAUAGAACAACAAGCAAAGCUACCUCUCUUAAACAUCAAUCACUAUUUAAAGGUUGGACAGUGAUGAAGUCAAAGCUUUACACAAGACAACAACCCGCAGGAUUCGUAAGGAGAGUAUGCCACAUACUCCUUUAUCUCCUACACAGAAUCAUAUAUUUUGCCGCUAUUAACAGUAUAAUCUUCACAAACCUGCCUUCCAUCUGAGAAGAAAGACUGGAGUUACUUGACUCAACCAAGGAAAUGAGGAAGUGACAUUUGGAAUACAAAAUCCAACAUCUUUUAAUAACAACCAUUACAAGAAUCAUUGACCAGCCCUCAAGGGUUGCAAAAGGUUUCUGGAUUAUACAUGAGAUGGUUUAAAGAUUAUGUUCCAACAGUAAAUUGUAUAGAAAUAGGAUUUAUGCAACUUAAUGUAAGUCCUUCUGACCACAAAAACAAUUGUUCCUAGUAAUGUUUCCCAAACCAAUAAUGAAAAAGAAGGCUACACAGCUACAGGUAACCAUAAAUGUAAGAAGAGCUAGUGUAAAUUGGCAGAAUAAUCUAGAGCAUCUGAAAAAU